GUUACAGUCAUCAUGAUAUUUAUAGCACUAAAAAAUCACGAUAUUAGUUCGGUAAUCCGAGAUGCUGCUGGGACAAUUUUGUAUUUUUUUUCUCAAAUAUUCAUAUACUGCUAUGCUGGGGAAAAAUUGAAUUCGGCUAUGCAAGAGUCAUGUUUUUCAGUGUAUAGCUGUUAUUGGUAUAACUUUCCAAUGAAGAAUUGUAAGGAUAUAAAAUAUAUUAUGCUAAGAACUAGUCAAGAAUUCCAUUUAACGGCAGGAAAAUUUUAUCGUAUGAACUUGGAAAAUUUUACAAGUGUUGUUAAAACACUAGUAUCCUUUUUU